AGCCGUUUGGAGACCCUCGGGGUCCCAAUCAAAGGGCGCCUGCUUCACCCAGUGUCACCUGAGGCGGACCCUGGGACUCGGCUGAGAGUCUUCCAAUCGCGGCGUGUCACCGGGCGUGUCACCUCUACGCAGCGCAGCCCAGAUGGCAGACAGUUAUGGCAAAGGCAAAAGUCGCCGCAAGGGUGGCAAGAAGGGUCCCGAAGCAUCAGAAUGGGAUUAUGAUGGCUAUGGCAAAGGCUAUGGUGGGAACCACAAUGCUGCCAGCAUGGGAGGUGCUGCAGCAGGAGGCAAACCAUCAAAAGACAUCGUGCAUCAUUACCCACCCAAAGAGAUGGCCGCAGACGUCGGUUAUCCCGUACGCGGUGGGCAGACUCUUCUGAUCGCAUACUUUCCAUGGGAAGCAUCGGAGGGAGACAUCGAGCGGGAGUUCUCCAAGUUUUGCCGCGUGAAGCGGGUCCACCUCGUGGUGGACAAGUCCUCCAGGAAGCCACGUUGCUUCGGCUUCGUGAAGUUCUUGAGCAAGGCGGAUGCUGAAGAGGCACUAAGGGCAACCACGCAAGGGCUGGUGCAGCUGCCGGAUACGCGAGGACACGUUUGGCAUCUCAAGGCAGAAUGGACCAAGUCUGGAGACAUGGUGGUGGAUGAUUCUGAAGCGGAGCAAGAGGUAGCAAAGCGAAAGGAAGAACGGCGCAGUCGCACUGACACCACACCCGGCCGUGGAGGUACCAGCGCACCCCCUCCGAAGGGGGCGCUGCAUCCGGGAGUCCCUGCUCCCUUGCCGCCGUUGCAGACGCGCUAUCCACCACAGGCUGCCAUUGGCAUGCCGCCGCCACCACCUUUGCCCUGA